AUGCCGCGUCGAUUUGCAACUGCUAAAAAAUUGACAUUUGUUACAGCCGGUUAUGACCAUACCAUACGGUUUUGGGAAGCCCUCUCAGGAAUUUGCUCAAGAACUAUCCAACAUUCCGAGUCGCAAGUAAACAGGCUCUGCAUAUCUCCCGAUAAACGUUUCCUCGCCGCAGCUGGCCAUCAUAAUGUCAAGCUCUACGACAUCAAGUCGACGAAUCCCAAUCCUAUACUCGCGUUCGAGGGGCACACUGGCAAUGUUACAGGUGUCGCAUUUCACUGCGAAGGAAAGUGGAUGGUCACUAGUUCGGAAGAUGGGACGGUGAAGAUCUGGGAAACUCGUAGUGGCACCGUGCAAAGAAGUUAUACUCAUGGGCCUCCUGUUAAUGAUGUGGUUAUACAUCCCAAUCAGGGCGAAAUCAUCAGCUGCGACAGAGGGGGGAACGUUCGUGUAUGGGACUUGGCAGAAAACAGCUGCUCUCAUCAAUUGAUUCCAGAAGAGGAUCAGCCGGUGUCGAGCGUCACCGUAGCAAGUGAUGGCUCUACACUGUGUGCAAGCACAAACUCGGGAAACGUCUACGUCUGGCACCUCCUUCAACUACGUGAAAAAACCCAACUCAUCCCUAUUACCCACUUCAAAGCUCACAAUUCGACCAUAACUCGCGUGCUACUCUCCCCAGACGUCAAGCAUCUUGCAACAUGUAGCGCCGACUGCACGGCCAAGAUCUGGGAAGUCAAGGACUUAGAGUCCAUGAUUCCCCAGCCUGGCCAGGUAAAGAGCAAGGAAGAAACCGAGAAACCAUUCAAGCUCGAAAGUACACUGACCGGACACCAACGCUGGGUGUGGGAUUGCGCUUUCAGCGCCGAUUCUGCCUACCUCGUGACUGCAUGUUCUGACCACUACGCCCGGUUAUGGGAACUCCACAGUCAGCAAAUUAUUAGGCAGUACAAUGGUCAUCAUCGGGGUCUCGUUUGCGUGGCUCUUAAUGAUUACUCGGAAGCCCGAUGA